GAAUUUGAUGUAAAUCGAUUCUAUUCAUAUCUAACUAAAAAAUGAAUAGUCCCAUUCGUUGUGGUAUUUCACGAAACUGAAAUAGUAUUUUAUGGUAUAUUCAUAUCGAUAAUUUUCGGUCACACUGCUUGCAACCCUGUACAGACGCCGACUACUAAAAAAAAAGAUAGAAAAAAAACGAGCACCGGAAAAUCGGCGAGGAAAUAUAAAAGUAGCAUUAAAAAGCGAGCCACAGUUGCAGACUUACUGAAAACGUGUCCCAGUCCGAGGAAUAAAACGCGUCUGCCAACAAGAUGUCGGACAUCUCCAGCGAGGACCUGCGCCGCGAGAUACAGUCGGUGUUGAAGGAUGCCGACCUGUCCACCAUCUCGGCCAAACGGGUGCGCGAGCAGGUGGAGGGCAAGCUGAACUGCUCGCUGCUGAAUCGCAAGAAGGAGUUCGACAGGAUCGUUAUGGAUGUGAUCAAUGAGCAGCAGGACGAAGAAGAUGAUGAGGAAGAUGACGGCAAGGAUCCGGACGCCGAUCCUGACGAUGAGAGCGAGUCCAGCGAGGUAGAGAACAUGAGCAGCAGCGAAGAGGAGGCCCAGAAGCAGAAGAAGAAGCCGGGUCCCAAGAAGCGGACGCAGCCCAUCAAGCACAAGACGGGUCCAAAGAAGAAGCGUAAGACCCUCAACGCCGACGAUUCGGGAACGGAGAGUGAUGCUGGCUCCGAUUCCGAUUAUGAGGUGGUGAAGAAGCCGGCCGCUAAGAAGAAGGCCAAGUCCAGCGGAACUACUGCCAGUGGAGCAGCCAGGAAGAGCACAGGCUUUACGCGCGCCUACAACCUGUCGCCGGAACUGAGCGCUCUUAUGGGCGCUCCAUCCCUGCCACGCCAUGAGGUGGUCAAGAAGGUCUGGGCCAUCAUCAAGGAGCGGGAUCUGUACGAUCCAAAGAACAAGCAGUUCGCCAUCUGUGACGACGAACUGAUGAAGGUGAUGAAGAUCCGCCGCUUCCGCACCUUCGGCAUGUUGAAGCACCUCAAGCCACACUUCCUCGACUAAGGCCCCAAUCCUCUCCAGCUCACCAGCUCUCCAGAUGCAAAUACGCCACACACUAGCUUAGUUUCAACCGCUGUCUCUCCUGAAAAACAAAAAAACGAAAACUGUCUGGCAAACUUUCGGCUCCGCUUAGAUUUGUUUGUUCCACAUUUGAUUAAGAUUUAGUUGGCAUGUGUUUCUAGCAUUAACAAUUAAUUAAGACGCUUCUACACAAGCAUUUUUAUGUAGUCUACGACAUUUUAAGUAACCUAAAAGAAAGUUUAUACAAGGAUCAUGAAUAACGAGCGACGACAAAAACAAAGAAAUUAAGAGAUAAAACGAAUACAGAACGAAUUGUAUAAUUUUUUGGUAACAAACUAUUGUGUGUAGUUUACAUUUUAUAAAAGUAUCAAAGAAAGAAAAUAUAACAAAUUUAAGGCAAAAGUAUCGAUUAAUAAAAGAGAAAUAGACGAGUGAUGCAUCUGAAAUAAACUUUGGAAAGUAA